CCUGUACUGUCAAUAAACUGUCACAACCAUUAGGGACGAUUGUUUAACUGCAAAAAAAUGUCGUUCAAAUAAGUGACUCAACGAUAUUUUCGGAAUUCUCACAGUUGAAUACCGAUCCACUUCAGCAACUCUGGAUAUACCUGGAGAACCGGUUACUCAAGUUAGACAGAGGGUAACAAUGGCUCAGUCAUCGUCAAGCGGAACAUCCUCACGCAGAUAUGGAAAGGAUCAUGAAAGUUCAACAAACUCUCGCUUACCGUAUGCCGACAGUGAGUGGGAAACCAAAGAGGCCAUGCGGCAACGUGAGUUGGAGGAAGCGCGGGCACGUGCAGCACAGAUGGAGAAAACAAUGAAAUGGUGGUCGGACUGUACGGCGAACUGGCGUGAGAAGUGGAGCAAGGUUCGAAACGAGCGGAACAAAGCGCGAGAAGAGGCGAAGUUGCUCCGCACAAAAUUAGAAAUUGCAGUGAAGGACGCAAAUAGCUACAAACACGAGUCCCAAGACUUAGAACUGCAAAAUGAACAACUGCGAAAGGAAAUGGAGAAAAUUCACAUGGUUCUGUUAAAGCACGCGGGUCAAUUCGACAGGCAGAUCGUGAAUAUUCUUGAGUCAGACCCACAGCUGCGGAAUUCUCUGGGGAUCGACGACCUCGUUGAGCUCUACAACAACGUGGACAAGUCCCCAAAAAUCCAGUCACCGGUACAAAUGACCUCUCGGAGGAGUCCCCGAGAGGAGACUGAAGGAUGUCUAGACCCAAAAGCUGAAGGGACUGACAGAGACAUCGAGGAAUACGUCCUUCAGGGAGCAGUGCCAAAGCACGCAGUUGAAUUAUACAAAGAGGGAUCCCUAGGGAGUCUCGAAAGAGACAUAACUAAGUUAAUGAAGGAGAGCAGCAGAUUAGACUCAAAAAUGGAACGAUUGAAGUCCCCAACCACCAGUGACCCUGAGGAAUCGGUGAAGAGACGAAUGGUGAUGCUGAAUCUUGAACUUGAAGAGACGACAAAGGCAAUUUCUGCUGAACGGGACGAGAACACCUCUCUGCAUCGAGCUAUCGAGAAGCUGAAGGCUGAAGUUGGACAACUGAGGGCUCGAUGUAAAGAGCUCGAGGACAGUCGAGUAGAGGCUGUUAGAGAGCUGACUGAAAUGAAGGAUCAGUACCAAAUUGAGAUUAUGGCAGCGCAGGCUGACCUCUUGGACGAAGCCUCGAACAGAGAGGGCAUGGAUCAGAGGAUGAACGAACUCAGGGCUGAGCUCGAACGACUUCAAGCUGAGAACGCCUCUGAAUGGGGAAAACGGGAGCGUUUGGAGUCGGAGAAGUUGUCUCUUGAGAGGGAGAAUAAACAAUUGAGGAGUGAGCUGAGGGAGUCGCAGGAGAGACUAGAGCCCAGGAGGUCGAGGGUGAGCUCGACGAUCGAUGCUGAUGUCAGACAGCUACAGCAGGACUUGAUGGACCUGAAACAUGUCAAUUCGAAACUUAAGAAGGGACUUGCUGAGAAGACAACAGAGCUGACUCAUGCGUUGAGGAGGUCUGAACAGUAUGAGACUGAAGUUAAGAGGGUGCGGUCGAGGGUAGAUGAGCUUAAGAAAGAGCUAGCUGUGGCUCAGGAUGAAGUUGAUGCUGCUUCUGGCAGUGUUCGCAGGCUUCAGAGGACUAAUGAGGAUCUCAUUGAGCAGUUGGAGUCUGCUAAUGUUCAGAUUGAACAUUUUAAGAAUAGUUCCGAACCCAGUCCUCAUGGUAUGUCUGAAAUGGAGGAUAAAGGCAGAGAUGAUGAGAAUGAUCAUUCAACGGCAGAUUAUGAACAAAGAGUUUAGCACAAGUACAACAAAAACUGAUCAUUCCCGAAUUAAGCGACAAAUGGAUAGUGUUAUUAGGUGUGACUGAUAUUUUUUUACGUUUUUAAAUUUUCAUUUUUGAUGUUUUUUUCGUUGUUUUUUGCCCCGGAUGAACGUAUGCAUUUGUGAACUGUAUAUAACAAAGAAAUGUACCUUACCCAAGACUGAUGAGAUGAACAAAAAGUGUUAUGAAGGGUUAAUUUAAUACGGUGAAUCCCAUCUGCUGAUCUACACAAAUUGCAGGAAUUAGACCUGAAAGAAAUGGAGUAGCCCUAAGCCCUAGUCGCUUGUACCCUCGAGAAAAUUAAAGAAACAAAUGAAAUUCAA